AUGCAGAAUCAACCUACAGGCCCCCCAAGAAAGCGAGCUCUUCAAGCAUGCGACUUCUGCCACUCCCGAGGGUUGAAGUGUCGUCGGUUAUCAGCCGACCCACAAACCCAAGAUAUCUCCAACGUCUGCCUGACCUGCAUUGACUAUAACGUCCAAUGCACGAUGAACCGGCCUGUCAAAAGACGUGGCAGAAAGCCCACUGGCCCAAGCGGAGAGACGGGUCCCGGGGUACAAGCAGAUCCUCAAACAUCUAGCUUCAAGUCGCCUGAUUGCAUACAUCGUCUCAUAGAGAUCUACCGGGAUACCAUGUACCAAUGCUAUUUCCCGUUUCUAUCCGAAAACGACCUCGAAGUACGAUGGGCAAACAGCAUACCUCGUGAAAAUGAGGUAUCAUACAUGCUCCUCAUGGCACUGUGUGCUGUUAGUGCUCAGAGUUUGACUCUCAAAGCCGUUUUCGAUAGCGAGUUGCUGGGUGACAUGAAUGUUCACGACAGCGAGACAUACUUUACCGAAGCUGUAUCUCAUGUACCCACGCGCGUACCUGAUUCCAAUGACCUAGACUACUUCAGGACAUUUGGCUUGCUGGCUGUUUACUCGCUAAAGAGCGGAAACAAGAGCGAUCUCCAUCGAUAUCUCGGGCUAUGUCAUGCUCUCAUCGCUCAGAAUGGCUUGCAGAAUGAAAGUUAUUGGGAUUGCUCCAUCUCAUUAGCUGAAGUGGAUGACAGACGACGCCUUUUUUGGUGCGUCUACCGCUUGGAAGUCCACUCGGCCUGUGUACUCGGCCACAUUAUCCGUUUGCCAGAAGCACAAAUCUCAGUGCAAUACCCUCGUAUUACUCCGAUCAUGACGCGCGAGACACAAGCAUGGACGGCUGGGUGGGACUACAUCACGGAUUUAUUCCGUUUGAUGGAAUACACAAUCCUCAAUUUGCGUCAACAAAAUCACGCCAAGGUUGUCUUUACUGCUCUUCGCGAUCGUCCCAGCCCAGAAGCGUUGCUUGAGAGUCUCAAACACCUUAAAGCUAACAAACCUUUCAUACUUCGUGUUCUAUCACAGCCACACGAUGAGCUGCAGAGCAAUCGGUGCAAGUACAUGGCAGUUCAAAUCACCUGUACUGAAGCGUUGGUCAACAUUAUGGCAUUACUUCAUUGCCAUGCGCCAGUGAGCGACGUGAUCAAGGUUGCAGAAGAUUUUCUCAACGAAAUAUCUGAAGCGUCUCUGAUCAUGUUCAAGGUGGCGAGUAGUCAGAUCAUACAACAGCUGCUGGGUGUGGGGUACAUGGUCUACAACGCCUUUCUGUAUGAUGAGCAUCAGUGCCAAUUUGCUGUAGGUAGAUUAGUGUCGUAUUUGGAGGAUAUCAUCAAGAAUCUGGAGCAGGAUAUUCCCACUGCUGCUGCUGCGAGAGGAGAGUUGCAAAAGCUGGCAAGGUGUAUCAUUUAA